CGAACCGAGUCUCCAACCGAGGAAGAGGGAGAUUUACCGCCCAAAUUUGUAAAUUUGUAAUAGGGCGAAAACUCCCGCUAAAAUUUCACAGAUUUCUUGCCCCCUUCUUCAAUUGGGUCUCUUCUCUCCCAUUUUGAUAUCGAAAGCAGAGACCUUUCAGGCAUUCGCAUCUCGCCCUCUCUCCUUGAUCUUCUUCUUUGUCCCCACCGAUCGGUUCGUUUCAGGUGGACGAACUCCGAGUUAUAGCUGCGUUUUUUGCUGUUCUUUUGGAUUAUUUCGUCUCCAGCUGAGGGUUUCCUCGCAGGGAGAACAUGAUGGACAUUGCUCACUUGGAAAAGAUGGGAAGAGAGCUCAAGUGCCCAAUUUGCUUGAGCCUCCUGAAAGAUGCAGUUACGCUUGCCUGCAAUCAUGUCUUCUGCAACUCAUGCAUUGUGGAAUCAAUGAAGUCCGUCUCUUCUUGUCCAGUAUGCAAAGUGCCAUUUCGGCGCAGAGAGGUCCGACCUGCUCCGCAUAUGGAUAACUUAGUAAGCAUCUACAAAAGCAUGGAAGCUGCUUCAGGAUUUAAUAUAUCCACAUCGCAAGUAUCCCCUCCCAAAAAUGCUGAGAAGCCUUCUCAAGUAGCUGAUUAUAAAAAAACUAAUGCAUUAGAGAGUACUAUGAUGUCGCAAUCAAGUUCUAAGGGUAAGAGGUUAUCUAGAGGAAAGAGAAAGACAAUGGAGAAGGUUGAUUCUAUAACUUCUAAUCCAUGCCCGCCAACCAGGCCUUCCUUUUCAUCCAAUAAAAGAAUACACGUGACACCAUACCCCAUUUCUGAAACUCCAAUAUCACAAAAAAGGGCCAAUAAGUUGGUAGUUUCAACCAAUGAAGAUACAAAUAUAAUUGAGUUACAGGAUACCAAUGAUCUAGCUUACAAAGGGCUGGAAGAUUCUACGUUACAACCAUUCUUUUGGUUGAGAGAAGCAAAUGAUGAGGAUGAAGGUUUAGAAAGGACAAUUACCCCAGAAAUGACCAGUUUAACAACACCCAAAAGUGUUCCAUGUUUUAGUGAUAUCAAGGAUUCUGACGAUGACAGUACUCCUAAGAAACUGACCCCCAUGAGCAAGGCUGCAGCUCAAGAAGCUUUUGAUAGCGAAAUGUUUGAAUGGACUCAAAGGGCUUGCUCACCUGAGCUCUUUUCAACACCACCAAAGAAACAGAAAGCAGGAGGAAAAAGAUUCAGCGGGUUUCAGGAAGAUAAAUGUGGAGAAAGAUUCCCUGCCAAUAACAACUAUGCUAGAGAUCUUGAGAGUUCAAAGCCAUGUCAACUUGAUGAGCGUAAUAAAACCACAAGAAAUACAUGUAAGAAGAAAGGGACAUUAAAAAAGAGACGCAAGCAAAAUAAAGAAAAGACAGUGGAGGCAUAUACUCACGAAACUGCUACCAUUUCCUUGAAUGAAGAUCAUCAGUUUGGCUCUAAUGAAAUAGUUGAAGGCUCAAGUCAGGAGAAAGAGCCUUCAAAACAGAUAUCUCUUUUAAGAUCCAAAAGGAAAGUUUAUAAUAGUCAUAAAUUCAAUUUACUUCAACCCAAAGCCCGCGUAAAAAGGCGGUUGAAAGAAUUCAAUGGAUGUGCUGAAGUGAAUAAACAGCUUCCUGCUAAAGCUGCCGAAGAAAUCCAGAACCAAGAGAUUAAAGAUGAGUCUAUGACAUUAGCAAGCCAUGGUAAGUCGAUGGAAGUUGUGGAUGUAAUGACAAAAGGCCAGAAAAGAAGCAAGAAAGUUUCAUUCAAAUCACCAAAACUGAUCAAGAGAUUGUCUUUAGAUUGUGUUGAAUUAAAAAAAGCUGAUGCUAAUAUUCUGAGCAAUCCUAGUAAAGAUAAAACAACAAAUAAUGAAAUCGAGAAAGCAAAUUCUAGGCUUCAGUUAUUAUCUUGUAAACAGAAUGACGGUUGUAGAACCAGAGUAAAUCAAAAUAUCCAGAUGGGUGUUGUAAGGAAAGGUAAACAGAGAAGGCCGCAUAUGCAAGAUGUUGACGAUUUAUCAUCAAUGGUUUCUCACAAAAAACAACAUUCUUCCACAAACAAUCUUAUGCCAGACAUUCAGACUUGUAUGAAUCUACAGAAAUGUUGUCUUUCAUCAAGAAGCAAGGAACUUCCUCACCCUACCAUGAAUGAAGUUACAAGAAUAUGCAAAAAUAUUCAUUCCCCAAUUAGAUGCGCUUUCUGUCACUCUUCUAAUGAUUUAGAGAACUUGCAGGUUUCUGGAGAAAUGAUGCACUAUUGUGAUGGGAAAUCUGUUGAUGAGGAUCAUAAUGGAGGAGUUAAUGUUAUUCAUUCUCAUAAGAACUGCACUGAAUGGGCUCCUGAUGUAUACUUCGAAGAAGAUUUGGUUAUCAAUCUCUCAACGGAAUUAUCAAGAAGUAGAAGGAUCACAUGCAGCUGCUGUGGCAUCAAAGGAGCUGCUCUUGGAUGCUUUGAGAAGAGCUGUCGACGAAGCUUCCACUACCCUUGUGCUAAACAGACUCCAGAAUGCCGCUGGGAUUAUGAAAACUUUGUGAUGCUGUGUCCUUUGCAUUCAUCAUCCAAAUUGCCAAGUGAGAUGUCUGAAUUGCAAAAGCUGAGCAUAAAAGCGUCUGCAUCAAAAGGAAAAACACAGCUCAAGACGACUAAUGAUAAGAAUAGCUUGUGGGCGUGGCCUGCUGGAUUGCCUUGCAAGUGGGUCCUUUGCUCCUCCGGCCUUUCUGGAGCUGAGAAGGAAAUAUUAUCAGAGUUUGCAAGGUUGACAGGCAUAUCUAUAUCAAAAGCGUGGAGUUCAGCGGUUACUCAUGUGAUUGCAUCAACUGAUGAUAAUGGAUCAUGCAAAAGAACUUUAAAGUUUCUGAUGGGUAUUCUCUGUGGAAAGUGGAUAUUAAGCAUUAAGUGGAUUAAAGCUUGCAUGAAGUUCAUGAAACCAGUUGAUGAAGAAAAAUAUGAAAUCACCGUUGAUGUCCACGGAAUUCACAAUGGACCACGGAAUGGACGAAUGAGGAUUAUUAACAAGGAGCCAAAGCUUUUCAGUGGAUUUUGUUUCUAUUUCUCUGGGGACUUUGUGGCUUCCUUCAAGGGCUAUUUGCAGGAUUUGAUUACAGAAGCAGGAGGAAAGGUGUUACAGCGCAGGCCGAUUUCAAGAGAACUUACGAAGCAAUUGGAUGAUUCUUCCGACACGACCUUCAUUGUGUACAGCCUUGAGCUUCCUGAGAACAACAGAAGAAAUCAGAAUGCAAAAGUUUUAGACCACAGGAAAGCUGAAGCAAUAGCUCUUGCUGAAGAUUGUGGAGCUAAAGUUGUGACAAACUCCUGGAUUUUAGACUCCAUUGCUGCCUCAACUUUGCAGGUUCUGCCAAGCUGAAUUACUGAUGAUUCAAAGAACCCUACAAUGUUUACAAAGCAGAUUUUUUCUUGUGUUUUAUAAAAAAAGGUUAGCACUUGUGGACUAGGGAACUGUGCUGAGCUUUAUUUUAUGGUUUGGUACUGUUUAUAAUGAAUAUGUAGAACAAUAAAC